CUUCGUUCAUUCUAAAGUGGGCAGCACGUAAUAAUGCUCAAUUAAUUGGAAAAUUCUGCUUCAAAUCGUACUGUAGAAACUGGAAAUCGAAGAACGUGAACCCGGAGCAACAUGUCCAGUGCACGGGAUUUGUUUAGCCUACCGGCCGGCCCAGCCGAUUUGUGCUUCGACAAGAACGAGUUUAUGAAGAAAACAUUUUCCGUGGAUGAGUUUUUGCACGAGAACCGGAAUGCAGGAAGUUUGGAAAUCAUCCGCGAUGAUUUGGGAUUGUAUCUAAAGGUGCUGCGUUCGGCUAUGAUCGAGCUGAUCAAUCAGGACUAUGCGGAUUUUGUGGAUCUGUCGGCGAAUUUGAUCGGGUUGGACCAGCAGAUUUGUGGGAUCGGGACGCCGCUGGAAAAGUUAAAGGACGAGAUACUGGCGGUGAAAGGAGCGCUGGAGGGAACGAUGCGUGAAAUUUCGGACUGUUUGGAGCAGAAGAAGGCGCUGAGGGGGUAUAAGAAGAGCCUGCAAAGUCUUGGGAAAGUGCAGGGGGCCUUGAUCAAGUUGGAGAGUUUGUUAAAGCCGGUGGAAGGGAAAGAACAGGAAGUUAAUCCGACGCUGCUGGAGAGGGCUGCAUUGGAAUCGAUUCAGCUGCAAUUCAAUAUAAAGUUUUGCCGAGAGUUUUUGAACGACGAGCAACAGCAACAGUCGGAGCAGAUGAAAGCCAGUUUGCUAGAUCAGUUGAAGACGUAUUUUCUGAGGACGUUGGCGCAGAAUGAUUUGGAUGGGCUGGAAAGAUGUUUGAGGAUCUAUUGCACACUGGAUGAGUGUCGAACGGCGGAGGAAGUUUUCAAGGUGGAGAUUGUGUCGCCUUACAUGAGUCGAGUUGUGUCCGAGAGCAGUUUGCAGAAUUCUCCGCAAGGGUUGACGGGGAUUUACAAUCAGAUUUUAGAUUUUAUGUCGCUUCAUAUGAAGAUCUUGCUGACACUGACCAAGAAGAACGGCAAAGUAAAAGGAUAUAACUUUAUCGUCAACAGUUUUUGGACGGAAGUCGAGCGGCGGAUGGAAACGAACAUGUCGUCGAUAUUUGCUCCGGGAAAUCCGGAAGCAUUCUAUCAAAAGUACAAGUGUACUCUGGAGUUUUUGGAACGAAUCGAGCUUAUCAUCGAAGAUCCGGUUGAUGUUGCCGGUUUCAAAGCGCAUCCUCAGUACAAGAGUUUCCAGAUUCGAUGGAACCUUCCGGUGUACUUCCAGAUUCGCUUCCAGGAGAUUGGAUCCAAUCUGGAGAAGUCUUGCAACCGUAAGUUGGAAGCAGCGAAAUUCAACUCACAGCAGAUCAGCGCUAGCCAAUUCAAUCUGGUGCAGUUUUCGAUUGCUCUAACGUGCAUUUCCAACUGCUGGCAGGAAGGAAUCUAUCUGCCACAACUGUUUCAUAGAUUUAUCAAAUUGACCUUGCAACUGCUAUCCCGGACUACCAGCUGGGUGGACACGGCCAUCACUUUUAACUUCCCUGCACCGGCAGAUCCUCAGUCGCCUUCGUUGAAGCUCAAACUCCUAGCCACACUCUUCUCGGAUAUUAACAAUCUAUCGAAGAAAAUUCCCCAGAUAGUGAGUUUAAUCUUGGAGAAAUCACCUUCCUUCCUUGCCCUAGAUGCACCCCAAUUGGACGAAGUUUUUUUCGACAACCGAUCGAUGCUGACAACUAAGCUAAACCGACUGCAGACGUUGAUCGUCCAGGAAUUGGUCCAGGCGAGCAUUCCGCACAUCAAGCAGGUCAGCGACAUUCCCAGAUUGUAUCGGAAAACAAACCGAGAUGUGCCGAGCAAGUGCUGCCAGUACAUGGAACUACUGGUGCAACCUAGUCGAAGCUUUCGGGAUCGAUACUGCGGCAUGGUCGGAGACGAACGGUUGAAGGAGUUCCUUGCCAAUGUGUACACCAGUUUGACGUUGAACUACUGUCAAGCGGUGGACGAGGUCCUGACGUCGGUGCAGAAAACCGAGGAAUCCCUGCGACGGCUGAAGAACCUUCGCGAUCGCAAUACAAAUCCAUCCACGGCGACGACGACAUUGACGCCUUCCGGCAACUCCCCCGCAGACCGGGCAGCCAUGUCCGACGAUGACAAGAUCCGGCUUCAACUACAAGUGGACGUGAUUCACUACGUACAGGAAAUCGAAAGCAUAGGUCUGGCCCGGGGAGAAAUCGAGAAACUAGACGAACUGGUGCAAUUGGUCGAGGAGGCAACCAAAAUUAGGAUAGGAGCAACCGGAAGUAUAGCAAAGAUGUGAAAUGCG